UUACCGAAAUAUCAGUUCCAAAUUUUGUACCGAACCGAAAACCGAUUUUUUCAAAAUAUGAGAACCGAAUACUGAACCGAAUUAUUCGGUCCAAUUUCGGUACGUACCAAAUUAUUCGAUUUCAGUUCGGUUCGGUCGGUUUACCAAAUUGUGCACACCCCUAUUAAAACGGGAAAACCUGAGGGCAGGCACGGAUAAACACCAUAUACUACUUUGAGUCUUUGACGCGUAGCAGAGGACAAAGAACAAUAGAACAUCGUCUUCGAGGCCAAUCGAGGGGCCAUGGAUGAAAAUGUGGAGGAUAAUAAUAAGAAUCUCGAUGGACCUGCAACAAGCAUUCCCCGACGCCGUAAGCGUUAUCGUGUGAUGAAUCGAUCUGAAUAUACCGCCAAGGGAAAAAAAGCUGGCAAAUCUGGGGGAAAUUAUGGUGAUGGUUGUUAUAGCAAUGUACCUGGAGGAAUUUUCCCGGUUCGGCCCACGUCAUGUGAAUGGAAACCAGCUGAAAAGGUCGCUCAAUUUGCUGCCCUGAAACAGGCCGAGGAUGGGGGAGUACCUCUGGAGUACAGACAGCUUGUGAAAGUUAACAUGCAGGGAGUUGGCGGGAUCAUGUAUUAUUUGACAUUCACAGCCUGUGAUACUACUGAUGGUAGGGAAAAAAUUUUUAAAGCAAAAGUGAUGUGUGACGCACGAGACUUAAGUUUACAUCUAAAGGAAUUCAAGGUUGACAAUGACCGCAAUAAAUCUGCUGAAAAGAUGCGCAACGAGGUGGUUGACGUGCUAGAAAAAAUCGCUGCCUUUCGCAAGGAAAAUCCUCAUUUGUUUCCUGUUCUCCCCCCAAGACCCCCGGCACCCAACCGUAGUGGUGAGAUAAAAGUGCUGAGUGUAUACCUUACACCAAAAAAAGGGGUGAUUCGUGCCAUUGCUUUCCGUAUAUUCUUGAAAGAAAUGAGGACUCAAAACCCCACAUGGAAGUAUGCGAAGGUCAGGAAAACUGCUUCAAGAAAGUGGAAGUCAUUCAUUAAUAACGAUAAGGUCCCUUACUUUCACAAGGCACAACAGGAGUUUAAUAGAAAGGCGUAUGGAUCGUGGGAACUGGGAUACGAUGUUGAUGGUUGUUCUGGCUCCUUACCUGGAGGAAUUUUCCGGGUUCAACCAUCCUCUUGUGACUGGAAACCAUCUGAAAAGGCAGCUCAAUUUGCUGCCAUGAAACAGGCCGAGGAUGGGGGAAUACCUCUGGUGUACAGACAGCUUGUGAAAGUUAACAUGCAGGCAGUUGGUGGGAUCAUGUAUUAUUUGACAUUCACAGCCUGUGAUACUACUGAUGGAAGGGAAAAAAUAUUUAAAGCAAAAGUGAUGUGUGACGCACGAGACUUAAGUUUACAUCUAAAGGAAUUCAAGGUUGACAAUGACCCCAAUAAAUCUGCUGAAAAGAUGCGCAACGAGGUGGUUGACGUGCUAGAAAAAAACUCCACCUUUCGUAAGGAAAAUCCUCGUUUGUUUCCUGUUCUCCCCCCAAGACCCCCGGCACCCAACCGUAGUGGUGAGAUGAAAGAAAUGUGGACACAAAACCCCUCAUGGAAGUAUGCGAAGGGCUGUGUGCCGAAAAGCUGCGUUGUGGUUUCUGGAGCGAAGGAAUGAAGUGUUUGGUUGUCUUUUUUGUGGGAGAGGGGAUGAAAUAUGUGAUUUUUUGAAAGAAACUAUAGAUCAACCUAGUUAAUACUGUUAGUGCUCCCCGCCGCCCUCUUAAUCAUAUGCACAACUUGUAUAUAGCAUAAUUGCAGGGUGUUUAAAGAAAGAGCUGGUUGCUCU